UUCUUGAGGACCGAAAUGAACACUAGGAAUGAAGAUGAUGGAGCAGUUUAUGUUGGUGCACUUAUAUUUUCCAUGAUCGUUAACAUGUUCAAUGGUUUUGCUGAGCUCUCUUUGACCAUUGCAAGGCUCCCUGUGUUUUACAAGCACAGAGACCUACUCUUCCACCCUGCUUGGACUUUCACUGUCCCAUCUGUCCUGCUUGGGAUUCCUAUAUCCAUCUUGGAAUCUUGUAUUUGGAUGGCCAUUACAUAUUACACCAUUGGAUUUGCACCAGAAGCUAGCAGAUUUUUCAA